UAUACAUAUAAUGUCAAUAAAUUGUGCUGAUUUUCACUUUGUUUAUUUUUAUUUAAAAAAAAUGUUAUAAAAUGUACACAUUAGUUCAUGGAUUUUAUAAGUAUUUGAUACAGAAAGACGAAUACUGUGUAUUAAUUUUAGGUCUUGACAAUGCAGGCAAAACGACGUAUUUGGAAGCAACUAAAACAAAAUUUACUAAGAAAUAUAAAGCGAUGAACCCUAACAGAAUAACAACAACUGUUGGAUUAAAUAUUGGCAAAAUAGAUGUUGACGGAGUCUUACUAAAUUUUUGGGAUCUGGGUGGACAACAAGAACUUCAAUCCUUAUGGGACAAAUACUAUGCUGAGUGUCAUGCUGUCAUCUACAUUGUCGAUUCCUCAGACAGAGACCGAGUUUCAGAAUCAAAAGAAACAUUCGACAGGAUGAUAGCAUCUGAACACCUCUCUGGGGUACCACUGCUGGUACUGGCCAACAAACAAGACAUUCCAGACUGCAUGGGUGUGCACACUGUCAAGCCAAUCUUCAACCAGAAUGCACACCUUAUUGGUGCACGAGACAUCAUGUUAAUGGCAACAUCAGCUUUAAAUGGUGACGGUGUGGAUGAAGGCAUUCGGUGGCUAGUGGACUGCAUAAAAAGAAAUAGCGUCGACCGACCGCCGCGAAAUCACGAAGACAACUUAUAGCCGACGGUACGAGCUAUAUGCACGUAUCAUACACUAAAUACAAUGAAUAAUAAUGAGUUUUCCAAUUUAGAUAAUGAUGUGACACGUCCCAUUGUUUGUACAUACCAUAUUGACAUUUAAAAAUAAAAUUUUAUUUGAAACUGU